AUGCACCACCUUUUCGACAUGAAUGGACCUGGGCCUCGGUGCAACAAGGUCGAGUGGUCGGGAGGCGAGAGGGAGUUAGCUACUAAUUCGGACGAGGACAGAUCCAUUUGGGACCUACGCCUGCGUCGUCACGGCGUCGUGUUUUACUCCCAUCCCGGGCAUCAUGGCUUUCCUUGGGCCGUCGCCGAGUCGGUCGCGAAUUUAGCUAUACGAAAAGCUAUUUCACGCCUGGCGUUCACGUUUCACAAAAGACUUCUUGCAGUCGCAUUGCGACCGCUGGUGCGGCGUCUGGACGCCGUCUGUGACUUCGAUCAGUGGCAGCGGGCUGCCGCAAACCAAGACCCGGCACACGUUUGGAAGCAUGCCAAUGGCCUUUCCGACCAUCAGGUCUGGACGUGUUACCGUAUAGCCACCAAGCAACUCAACUUGUACCAUGCCGGCCGUCCGGCGGACAAUAGUUGCCGGGCGUUAUCGGCGUGUCACGGUUGCAAAGAAACGCCGGCUCACAUCUUUUGGGACUGCCCCAAGGCGCGCGCGUGCUGGGGUCAACUCAUUACCCAUUGGACAGGUGAAAAAGCUGGGAGGCCGUGGGGAGAGCGUAGGUUCGUCGGGAGUGUGAAUCGUCACGCGCCGGAGAUACCGUCCAAGCAGCGUCUUCGGAUUUACCAUAUGCUCCCGGAGGACUUAGAGGCUGGUGUCGCGGUUUGGAAGCGUCUCUGGUUUAUUAUGAGCAGCAUUUGUCUGACCCACUUAUGGAAUGAGCGGAACGACGCGGUUUUUCGAGGAGUGCAGUCGAAGCCUCUCCACAGCGCCGCGCGUUUUUGGGCGCUGGGAAUUCGACAUCUUACCGCAUUAGCGAAACGCGAACAUCGCGGUCCCGCCACAGCUGUCGCCGGGGCUAUCAUGCAUACCUGUAUCGACCUCUUUAUUCUCGAACCUCGGGAUGGGCCGAUAUCUUUAGGGGACAGCCACGACAAGCUACCAGUUCCGGAGCUAUUGUCCUGGCUUAGAAGUUUUCAGACAUCUUUAGCAUAA